AAAAAAUGGUAAAGAUGGUAAAGAUGGAAAAGCUCCAAAAAAUGGAGAUGAUCUAAAAGCACCAGAUAAUGGAGAUGGUGGAAAAGCACCAGAAAAUGGAAAAGAUGGAAAAUUACCACCCGACGAUAAUUUAUGUAAAUGCCCUCCUUCUAACAACGAUGGCGGUAAUGGCAAAGAAAAUGACAAUAAAGAUGGCGGCAAUGGCGAUGGAAAAGCACCAGAAAAUGGAGAUGGAAAAGCACCAAAAAAUGGUAAAGAUGGUAAAGGUGGAAAAGCACCAAAAAAUGGAGAUGGUAAAAAAGCACCAGAAAAUGGAAAAGAUGGAAAAUUACCA